AUGUGGUGGUGGAGGCGCUGCAAGUUCCGGCUCAACGGCGUCGACGUCCAUUGCUCCGUCCACAGGUUCGAGUACUUCGUCCGCGUACAGGUUCGGAGCAGCCGGUCCGGCAAGAAUCCAGGCCGGGAGCGGCGCCGGCGCCGGCGUCGGUUCACGCGAAGCACCGGAAGGCCCAGCACCGUGGCGACCACGGGCGCCAUGCCUAAGACGUGGUGCACGGCGGCGGAAACCGUUCCGGCGGCCACCGAACCGGCGAAGAUCACGGGCGUGGCGGUUGUGGCGGCGAAGUCCGCCAACACCAUGGCGACGGCGACGGCUCUGUCGACGUCGACCGCCGUCACGAACGAGGUGCAUGAAGAAGGAUAGGAGACCACGAGGCAUCCUCUUACCUUCUUCUUUCCUCCCUUCUUUCUUCUUUUCCGGCGACUCAUCGCCGGAGUUGUUUUGCCUUUUCUCUGCUCUCGGUAGAGUUACGGGCUGAUAACGUGUGAUAAUACAGAUUGAUCGAAGUAUCUCUUUCAUUGA